CUCAGACGGACCCACAGACCUGUGCCCACCCUCCUGCUGCUGAUUGGUCGAUUUAUGUGAUGUGGAUAAAAGCGUCGGUGUGAAUCACGAUGAACGCGGCUGCCCUGUGGCUUUAACAAACGGAAUCAGAGAAAGCGUCUCCAGGGUUGAACAGGGACGAGUUUAAAGAACAGCUGACACAGACAAUGAGAGCGGCACCUUCAGGACAGAACACUGAGUCGUUAUUUUUCCUCAGUUUCCUCCUCAAACCGGGUCAACAGGGUCAACAGGGUCAUCCAGAGUCUGACCUGUUCUGUAGCGAGGACCCAGUUAUCGACGGUUCGAAUGAUCAGGCGUGAUCUGAUCAGGAGGUUUUACGAUGGUUCGAACGAGAGCGUCGCUGAUGAAGCCUCUGUGAGAACAGCACCCUCUGGUGACAGGCUGCAGUAUAGGUCCUAAACCCCGCCUCCUUAUGGAGCUGUGGACAAACUUUCUAAAUGAAUGACACAGAAUAUAAAUGUUUCUCCCCCCUGGUUGUGAUGUUGACAUGUAGUUACUGUCAGACUGGUUUGUGUUCAAGUCCUCUUUUUUCUGUACAGCUCCAUUUUUAAAAGUUAUUAGGGGGUUCAUGUUUUCUAUGAUUGACACCUGAUACAGCCAAUGGGAGGACAGAGAUUGAGUAGAUCACCGGGGGAUACGCUGUUUGAGCCGAGCGUCAUCACAGAGACUCUCCCGCUGAAUAAGAACAACGUUACUGAACAACGUUGGUUUCAGGAAGUGGAGAAAAAAACACAGAAUUACUGAGAACUUUUCAGCUUCAAGUCUAUAAACUAAAGGAAGGAGGAACCAAGUGGUCCAGAGUAAAAACAGAAGGUGUUUCUGACGGAUGAUUCAGGUCAUGGAGGUUUGAGGCAGCUCCUGUUCCUGUUUCAUCAUCCUGAAGAUCUGAUGACACAGUUUGUCUGAACCUGAACUCGGUGAACCUGCAGGUGUCAUGAGGCGUCUGCCGGAAAAAAAAGACAGAGGUUGUGACCCGGACUCACCAGGACAUCCACCACAUGCAGGUUCAUGGUGAUGAUGUUGGAGACGGAGCUGAUGAGGUUCUGCUUCAUGCAGUAGAGGACCAGCACAGUGAGGUUGGAGCUUAAGCCCAGAACGAUCUCCAGAAGCAGGAAGCCCGUCAGAGAAACCUGCCCACAGAGAAAAACAACAACAACAUGCUGGAGUUGAGUUCAUCGGACUCUCUGGACCUUUGGCUUCGCUCUGAUGGUUCUGGUUCUGAAAGGAUGUUUCUGCCUGUUAGAGGGACUUUUUCUUCCUCCUCUCCCUUCUGCUAAAUCUUGCCUGAGGCUCGCUCAUGUUAGUUCAGGAUGUUCGUGAUCUGGGCACGCUCUUCAGAUCAGUUUUGUCUCAUCAACCACAGAGUUUGUUGUCGUCGUCGUCGUUGGCUGAAAAUGCCUGAACUUCUGCUCUUACACUCGCUGAUAUGAAACUGUCAAGAACACCGACCCACAGACCGAGGGUCCAAUCAGAACAGAAACCAUUUUUUUUCUUCUGUGUGUAAACGAACGAACAACUCUGUGGUGUCAUUUACCAGAGUAAACUCCAAACUGGAAACCAGUUAAACCAGAACAACCAAACUAUAGAAUAACAGACGACUUACAGUCAGACUGAGUACUACUAUAGAACACAGUACUCAGUACUCAGUAUGAAGUAUGAAGUAUGUACUGUAUACUACUAUAGAACACAGUACUCAGUAUGAAGUAUGAAGUAUGUACUGUAUACUACUAUAGAACACAGUACUCAGUAUGAAGUAUGUACUGUAUACUACUAUAGAACACAGUACUCAGUACUCAGUAUGAAGUAUGAAGUAUGUACUGUAUACUACUAUAGAACACAGUACUCAGUAUGAAGUAUGUACUGUAUACUACUAUAGAACACAGUACUCAGUACUCAGUAUGAAGUAUGAAGUAUGUACUGUAUACUACUAUAGAACACAGUACUCAGUAUGAAGUAUGUACUGUAUACUACUAUAGAACACAGUACUCAGUACUCAGUAUGAAGUAUGAAGUAUCUACUGUAUACUACUAUAGAACACAGUACUCAGUAUGAAGUAUGUACUGUAUACUACUAUAGAACACAGUACUCAGUACUCAGUAUGAAGUAUGAAGUAUGUACUGUAUACUACUAUAGAACACAGUACUCAGUAUGAAGUAUGUACUGUAUACUACUAUAGAACACAGUACUCAGUACUCAGUAUGAAGUAUGAAGUAUGUACUGUAUACUACUAUAGAACACAGUACUCAGUAUGAAGUAUGUACUGUAUACUACUAUAGAACACAGUACUCAGUAUGAAGUAUGAAGUAUUCACUGUAUACUACUAUAGAACACAGUACUCAGUAUGAAGUAUGAAGUAUGAAGUAUGUACUGUAUACUACUAUAGACCACAGUACUCAGUAUGAAGUAUCUACUGUGUACUACUAUAGAACACAGUACUCAGUACUCAGUAUGAAGUAUGAAGUAUGUACUGUAUACUACUAUAGAACACAGUACUCAGUAUGAAGUAUCUACUGUAUACUACUAUAGAACACAGUACUCAGUAUGAAGUAUGAAGUAUGUACUGUAUACUACUAUAGAACACAGUACUCAGUAUGAAGUAUCUACUGUAUACUACUAUAGAACACAGUACUCAGUAUGAAGUAUGUACUGUAUACUACUAUAGAACACAGUACUCAGUAUGAAGUAUCUACAGCUGAUCUGUGUACUGGACUUUAAGAGUGAGUGGACUGGCCAGGUGACGAUGAGAGCGCCCUCUGCUGGCUCUUGUCGUCAGGCCUUGUUUUCUGGUGUCCUGUUCGAUGAGUUUGAGCGUCUCGUCACAGUUUAGAAGUUUCUCCCCGAGUUGAAAUGAAGGUUUGAUUUUAAAGUCUCUACGAUGAAGCGGGUUCAGAGUCAGAGGGGAGUUUUCACUCUCAGGUGUGUUUGUGAAGCUGCAGGAUUACCUGGAAGCUGAUUGGGUAGACGGCCUCAGAGGAGGUCAUGUCGUGGUCGUAGGGGUCUGCAGUGUCAAGCACCGUCAUGUUGCUCAUGGUGGCUGCAGAGACCAGAACGAGGGACGUGUGCAUUAUCCUGACGAGAGGAAGAGGUCUGGAAACACAGGAGAAGACCGUCACACGAGAGUCUGUCUGUACCGCACACCUGCCUCUUAUUCAGACCUGUUUACUCCUGUAAGUGUCACAGUUAUGGUGUCAGAUCAUUCUGGACUUGGAGCUCCGCCUAUAAAUCCACUAACAGUUCUGGUUUUGCUGCCCACAGGCUCAGAUUAGCCAACAAAGAGAGACAGACUCCUGAUUUUUAUCUUACCUAAAAAAUAAAGCGUUAAAUUGUUCUCACAGCCGCUGCAUUAGUGAUUAGUGGAGACCGGUGAAUGUACCGCUCUCAUCAGUUUGACUCUGAAGGUUCUGGUGAAACUUGAGUGUUUGAGAUGUUCAGCAGACAUCUGUGAGUGAAAGAGCCGCAGAAAACCAGCCGCUCCUGAACUGUGAGGGGAAACUGCUCCUCCUAACUCUGCAGUCUUGUGACUCUAAAGAUGUGACCUGCUGUAAAACACUGAGAUCAGCUGUAACCUCUGAGAUUUCCAAAAACACACCAGACCAGAAUAAGUCCUCAGCAGAACUCAGAACCGCCUUUUUCAUGGCAGGAAGUUCCCGACCUGGCGGUAAAAACGGCGCCUCAGCUGUGAAAUCUGAAUACACCUGAAAGUACGGAUGAGUUUUUCCUGGUCUAGACCUGAUGUUUUAAUUCACUGAACCUGAAGUAAAUAAACGAGGAGAGAGGUUGAUGAGGCGCACAUGACUGAGUCAUCGUUUAAAGUUAGGGCCUGUGUCUUCAACAGCUGUCUUUAUAUUUAACUACUUAAUCAUCAUUAUUAUUAUAUAUAAAAUUAGGGCCCGUGUCCACUGAUCACUCUGUGCUCUUUUCAGCACAAACAGGGUGUCCCGGUUAGACACUGAUAUCAGCGUCUAAAUUAAAAGUCUCUCACUGUCAGAUAAGGUCAAGCACUCUCAGCUGAAAAUAGUUCUGGCCUGCUGAGGCGCUCCUCAGUGUCUCUUAUUGUCCAAUAAAAAUCCAGAGUGGGCGGGACUUCAUGUCCUACUUUUGUCAACAAUGAUGGAAAAGAAACUGAACAAACUCCAUGUCUGAGGGUGAAGGGCUGCUGCUAACUCCCAGAUAAUCAAGAGAAAUAAAGGAGGUGCUAAAAUCUGCAGUUCCAUGAGUGGCCACUAGAGGCAGUCAGGAAAUCAGUGGAAAACUAAUCAGUUUAGAGCCUUCUUUAGAGAACAGGAUCAGUCUGAAGACUCACUUCUCCACCUGUUCACGCUGCACAGGAGUCAACACGUUUAUCAAACGUUUGUUCUUCAUUAUAACGAGUUUGUGUUUCAUGUUUUAUCAGAUCCGUGUUUUUACUUCAGCUGUUUUUGUACGAUUUCUUCAUCUGAGUGUGAACAGGUCAGUUCUGAUUGGUUCUGAUCCGACCCUCUUCUGUAUGUGGAUAUAAAUCAGAUAUGUAUCUGAUGUGACUGCAGUGUGACGCUCGGGUCACGUCAUCAAUAUGAGACAAACGUCACCGUUGUUCAACAAACACAAACAGGAGCGGAGAGAUAUUUGUGUUUUGUGCGCAUGAGGGUCACUUCACAGACGCAUUUGUUGUUGUAAAGUGAACGACCGCACAGAAAGAUCGGAUUGAACAAAAACCCGAAGAGUGCAUCAGAACCUGCAGUGAGAACGUAGCCUUAGACCAAAGUUGUGUGUUCGCUGUAAGUGGACACAGGCCCUCGGUGAUCUGUCGCACAUCCACGUCCUGUUUUCCUAGAUCUGCAGCUGAAGUUUGUUUCUCCGUCUAAACUUUGUUGGAGUGUCUUUAUGAAAAUAAAACCUGUCUCUUUAAUCAGAAUGGGACUGACCGUUCUUAGAGAGGCUCUUUCAUAAACACUCAUAUAAUCAGCUUUUGUUUGCAGAGCGGCUGAAAGUCAGACUCCCGAGGUUCUCCAGCAGAACUUUUCCACCUUAUGGAUAAAAUCUGCUGCUCCAGGUUACCUCCUAAUUUUAGCUGCUGCUGCUGCUGCUGAAACCGUCCGUACAGUGGAAAAGUACACCCUCUGUGUAUUGUACGCUGUAGGGUGAUGAGAAUUUGAUUAGCCAGUAAAAAUCAAAAAUACAGGAGCUGAAGUACGUCACAAGACUUGUGACUGAGUUAGUCUGAACCCUGACAAAAUUCAAUCACGACUCGGAGGAGAAGAAGUGUGUGUGUGCUGCUCUGUAGUGGAUCGUGUCGAGUAAACAACAUCUCAGUCGGUAAUUAGCUGUACUGUACACACACACACACACACACACACACACACAAGUACAGUCCACAAAGAUCCCUCUCCUUUCUACAGCGUGUCCUCUGGACCAGGUCUAAAGAUGUGAGCCGCAGGAUCUGGAUUAUUGUUGAUGUUCAGAGAUGAGGAGCUGCAGGGGGGUUAGUUAGUUAGUUAGUUAGUUAGUUAGUUAGUUAGGUAAUUAGUUUGUUUGUUUGUUUGUUAGUUAGUUAGUUAAUUAGUUAGUUAGUUUGUUUGUUAGUUAAUUAAUUGGUUAGUUAGUUAGUUAGUUAGUUAGUUAGUUUGUUUGUUUGUUUGUUUGUUUGUUUGUUAGUUAGUUAAUUGGUUAGUUAGUUUGGUAAUUAGUUAGUUAGUUAGUUAAUUAGUUAGUUAGUUAGUUAGUUAGUUAGGUAAUUAGUUUGUUUGUUUGUUUGUUAGUUAGUUAGUUAAUUAGUUAGUUAGUUUGUUUGUUAGUUAAUUAAUUGGUUAGUUAGUUAGUUAGUUAGUUAGUUAGUUUGUUUGUUUGUUUGUUUGUUUGUUUGUUUGUUUGUUUGUUUGUUAGUUAGUUAGUUAGUUAAUUGGUUAGUUAGUUUGGUAAUUAGUUAGUUAGUUUGUUUGUUUGUUUGUUUGUUUUUGUUUGUUAGUUAGUUAGUUAGUUUGUUAGUUAGUUAGUUAGUUAGUUAGUUAGUUAGUUAGUUAGUUAGUUUGUUAGUUUGCAGCAGCAGACUGAAGUGUUUGGUAGAAGUUACAGGGACUGGAUGUUUGUUCGUUAAAAUCCUCGCAGGAUUACAGGUUUGGGGAAAUCUGAGUUCUGGGUCGGGUUUCCUGAGCCUACAGGAACCAGGACCACGAGCACGUGUGGUCCUGGUCCCUGGUCCUGCUGCAGAUCUGGACUAAAGAGUGCUGAGUGCAGGUGGGAUAUGAGGGUCGGACUCACCGCUCCCUCCCUGUGGCGUCCUCUCCAGCUCAGCAGCUACAGGAAACGUGUAGGCGCGUCCAAAAGCAUGCCGCCAUGUUCUCUCCGGUCCAUAAAUCAUCAAGAGUCAAGAUAAUCCGGGUCUUGUUGUCAGCAUUCCUCCUGGGAACACACUGACAUUAACAGACCAUCGUCUGCGUCUGUGAGCUCAGGGGGAACCGUCUCCGCUCAGACACGCGCCCGCCCGCCCGCCCCUCGUUGGGGGGCAUGUGGUUAGUAACAUCAGUGCGGUGCACUCAGAUCAAUGCUUUCAUUCAUGCGCAGCUCUGUCUGCUCAUUGUUGUUCUUGGAGCGACGCCUCCGGUCUCGUCCACGCCUGAAAGUGACGCCAGGGUCCAAACGCUCCCUCUGUGCUCGCCGCUCCGCUCGUCUCAGGUGAUUUCACACCUGCGUGACGUCUGCUGUGAGUUUAUGUCCCCGAGGAGAAUAAAGGAGGAACGUUAGAGUGACGGCGAGGUCGUUCCUUCGCCUCCCUGUGAUUCACGGAGGGCCGCAGCUCCGCCGGAGGUCAGAGGUCACGUAGAGCCCGUUAACUCAGAGCGUCGGUUCAUUCGUCAUCUUCUUCCUCUCCCGUUAUCCUUGGAUGGGAUGAUGUUUGCCCGUCCUUCAUCACCGACCUCCUCCUCCUCCUCCUCCUCCUCCUCCUCCUCCUCCUCCUCAGGUCGUUUGACCUUUAACCCUGAAGAAGAAAAACAUUUUAGUGAGGCGUCAAAAAGAACGGCGUUAGUCGCUCUGACGGUUAGUCUCAGUGUAACGCAGCGCUCCCUCUCUCCUCCCUGAUUGGCCGCCCGCCCGCCCGCCUGUCCGUCCCUGAGUGUUGUUGCGGGUGUUUGCGUGUCUGCUGAGUGUGUGUUUAAUCAGGUUUGGCUCGCGCUCUUUGAUGGUUCCUGUCAUGUGCUGUUCAGUAAAUAAGCUCUGAAAACUGCGAGCUGCUGGAUCAGACGUCACGCCGACUCACUGUCACAACAACCACCAGACGCACGUUUCUGCGGUGGGCGGAGUCUCUUCAGGACUCGGAGUCUGAAGGAAAGGAGCAGUUUUUACUGAACAUCAUCAUCUCUGGAAACACCUUCAUGUACGCCGCCGCACGGACAGAAACGCCCUCCUCACUAAGACCGCCGCGGCGCCGAGAUCAGGACCGACUUCUGUCUGACUCCAGUUCUCCAGGUCAACUCCAGGAUCAGCGAUAAUCAGAGAGUUCAUUGAUCCAUCGUUAAAAAUAAAACAUUAAACCCGUUAAUGUCCAGACUGGAGCCGGUCCGCCGCCACGGAGGCCGCCACCUUACACCGCCAUGUUUCUACAGGAGCACGGAGCGGACAAAUGAGCAACAGCAUUUAAUUAGUGAGGGGCUGUCUGAGAGGCACCGUUAGGAGGAAGAGGAGGAAGAGGAGGAAGAGGAAGAGGAGGAAGAGGAAGGAAAGGAGGAAGGAGAAAAACAGGAAGAGGAGGAAAGAGAGUAAGAGGAAGGAAAGGAGGAGGAGGCGUGUCUGUUCUCUGAGGCUAAGAGGAUGGCGGCUAACAUUAGCAGAGCUAGCACCCCCAGUGUUCAGUCGUCCUCACAGGUUGACGUCGUCCAGGUUUGUUUCUUAGCGUAGAUCUACAGCCCUAGAUGGUUCUCCAGCUGACAUGUUCAGAGUGAUCUGGAGUAAAACCUCCUGAAGCUCAAAGUGUGUCGGAGUUUUUCUGACGAUGUUUACGGUCGGGUUUACGGCGGGCUCUAAAGAGACCAAUCACAGCGCUGACAGGCGUUGGCUAACCCUAAACACAACCAUCCAAUCACAUCCACCCUGAUGAAACACCUACUACUGUCAACACGCCCACCCAUCUCUGGCCGAGCGCCCGGGCUCCAGAGCCGCCUCGGGCCGCACUUACAUAAAAAAAUCCCCGAUGAGACGCCGAAGUCAGAGUCGGACCAAUCAGAGGAGGAGCUUGAUUAUGAGUCUACAGAAGUUCAGUUUGAAGAGCCAAAGGUCAGGAUUCACGUCUGCGUUUGAGUUUGAAAAGGUCAGUGGGCGUGUCUUCUCGAUCUGUUAAACCCGUAAAACCAACACUGAGGAGGAGAAGGAGGAGGAGGAGGAGGAGGAGGAGGAACUUCUUCUUCUUACAAAGACCAGGGAACUGUUCUGGCUGACCCGGCUGUGAGGACAGAUCCAGUUCAGAGUGAACUCUGGUCUCUUUGGGAGGUAGUGGUCUCGGUGGUCUUGGUGGUCUCGGUGGUCUCCUGCUCGUCUGUUUGACAGCCUCUCCUUCCCUCUAAUUAUUCUCCUCUCUAAAUAAUCACGGCUUGAAAAUCGUGACUCACUGACUACACAACUGUCAGUGUCUCUCUAUCUCUCUCUCUCUCUCUCUCUCUCUCUCUCUCUCUCUCUGUCUCUCUCUCUCUCUGUUUCUCUCUCUGUUUCUCUCUCCCUCUCUCUCUCUGUUUCUCUCUCUCUCUCUCUCCCUCUCUCUCUCUCUCUCUCUCUCUGUUUCUCUCUCUGUUUCUCUCUCUCUCCCUCUCUCCCUCUCUCUCUCUCCCUCUCUCCCUCUCUCUCUCUCUCUCUCUCUCUCUCUCUCUCUCUCUCUCUCUCUCUCUCUCUCUCUCUCUCUCUCUCUCCCUCUCUGUCUCUCUCUCUCUCUCUCUCUCUCUCUCUCUCUCCCUCCCUCUCUCCCUCUCUCUCCCUCUCUCUUCAGCUCAUUAUUUCCCCCGCCUCCCUAUCGGAGCAGCGUUGAUAGCGGUGCUCGUGCGCGCUCCUGUUAGUUUACCUCCUGACAGAGAGCGGCGGUCCCCCGGUGUGUCGGCGUGUUUUCUCUCCCUGCAGGAGUUUCUGGUUUCGGUCCCAGAGGAAGCGGAUCGAGUCCACAGGUGGCUGAGGUUCAGUCCGGGCUCAGAGGUCCAUCUCUGAGUCCCUCAAGGAGAAAAUGUGACUGCUCCCAAACAUGCAGCGUGAAAGGAGCCCGGAGGAGGAGGAGGAGGAGGAGGAGAUACGCUCUGCCUCCCUCUCUCUCUCCCUCUCUCUCUCUCUCUCUCUCUCUCUGUUUCUGCCUCCAGUAGCCCUUCCUACUCAUCCAUCGCUCCCUCCCCCCUCUCUUCUUCUUCUUCUUCUUCUUCCGUUGACACCUCUCCUCUGGACUAAUUAGACUCGCGGAGCGGCGUUCUCGCUCCUCCUGCGUGUUCUCCCUCUCUGGUUUCGAUCAUCUCUCUCUCAGACUCUUGUUUUCCUCUGAGCCUCCUCCCCGUGAGUUUGUUUGCCCUCAUUUGAGCGCUCAGGUAGGAGACGGUGGCCAUGACGAUCCUAAUGGCAGCAUCCUUGGCCCCUCCCCCUCCUCUGUUUGUGUUUGCGUAGCUCCUGCCGGAUCCCUAAUUGUCACAGUCUGGCCUCCAUCGGAGCCGUCCCCCCCCCGAGUUACACUUAUUUCCAGGCGAGCGUAUCUGCGGGCGAGUAAAUGUGAGGACUAAUUAGGGCUACUCUGACAUCGGCAUGGCAACAACGUGGUUUCACAGAAGUCCUAUCAGGACCCAUCUGUUGCCUUCCGGGAUUACACUUGUCCUCCGAUCAGACCGGAGCUCCCGAUCGGACACAUCUUCCCCGAUCUGCUCAUUUUAUCUCCGCCGCUCAUCUCCUCCCUGUCGUCUGUUUACUCAGGAAGUGUGUGGGGAGAUGAUGAUGAUGGUUUCCAGUGCCUCUGUUUCUCCGACAUGUGCGUCUCAGCAGGAGGCCUGGGGGGGAGGGGCAGGACAGACACACCGCUGUAGAUGUCUCCUCCGCAGAAACGAGCAGACGACAGGUUUUUAUUUUUCACUCUCAGCAGAGAGAUGACAACAACGAUGAUGAUGAUGUGUGAGUUUAACACCCGAGAGAAGAGCAACAAACACGUCCAUGAAUGUUUGAUGAACACAUGAAUAUUUCAGCCUGAGAGCCGGUCUGUCCCCGCUCAGACUGUAGGCUGUCCUACAGCGAGUGAGAGAGUGAGAGAGUGAGUGAGAGAGUGAGAGAGAGAGUGAGUGAGUGAGUGAAAGAGUGAGCGAGUGAGUGAGUGAGCGAGAGAGAGAGUGAGAGAGUGAGUGAGUGAGUGAGUGAGUGAGUGAGUGAAAGAGUGAGUGAGUGAGUGAGAGAGUGAGUGAGUGAGUGAGAGAGAGAGAGAGUGAGUGAGAGAGUGAGUGAGAGAGCGAGUGAGUGAGUGAGAGAGAGAGUGAGAGUGAGUGAGUGAGAGAGUGAGAGAGUGAGUGAGUGAGAGAGUGAGUGAGUGAGUGAGUGAGUGAGAGAGCGAGAAAGUGAGUGAGAGAGUGAGUGAGUGAGUGAGAGAGUGAGAGAGUGAGUGAGCGAGUGAGAGAGUGAGUGAGUGAGUGAGUGAGAGAGUGAGUGAGUGAGUGAGAGAGUGAGAGUGAGUGAGAGAGUGAGAGAGUGAGUGAGUGAGAGAGCGAGAGAGUGAGUGAGAGAGUGAGUGAGUGAGUGAGUGAGAGUGAGAGAGUGAGUGAGCGAGUGAGAGAGUGAGUGAAUGAGUGAGUGAGUGAGUGAGAGAGUGAGUGAGUGAAAGAGUGAGCGAGAGAGUGAGUGAGUGAGUGAGUGAGAGAGUGAGUGAGUGAGUGAGUGAGUGAGUGAGUGAGUGAGUGAGAGAGAGUGAGUGAGUGAGUGAGUGAGUGAGUGAAAGAGUGAGCGAGAGAGUGAGUGAGUGAGUGAGUGAGUGAGUGAGUGAGAGAGUGAGUGAGAGAGUUAGAGAGUGAGAGAGUGAGUGAGAGAGAGAGUGAGACAGUGAGUGAGUGAGAGAGUGAGUGAGAGAGAGAGUGAGAGAGAGAGUGAGAGAGUGAGAGAGAGAGAGAGUGAGUGAGAGAGCGAGUGAGAGAGAGAGUGAGAGAGAGAGUGAGAGAGAGAGAGAGAGAGUGAGUGAGUGAAAGAGUGAGUGAGUAAGUGAGCGAGUGAGAGAGUGGGUGAGUGAGAGAGUGAGUGAGUGAGAGAGUGAGAGAGAGAGAGACUGAGAGAGUGAGUGAGAGAGAGAGAGAGUGAGUGAGUGAGAGAGUGAGUGAGUGAGAGAGAGUGAGUGAGAGAGCGAGUGAGAGAGAGAGUGAGAGAGAGAGUGAGAGAGAGAGAGAGAGAGAGAGAGAGUGAGUGAAAGAGUGAGUGAGUAAGUUAGCGAGUGAGAGAGUGGGUGAGUGAGAGAGUGAGUGAGUGAGAGAGUGAGAGAGAGAGAGAGUGAGAGAGUGAGAGAGUGAGUGAGAGAGUGAGAGAGAGAGAGAGAGAGUGAGUGAGUGAGAGAGUGAGUGAGUGAGAGAGAGAGAGUGAGUGAGUGAGAGAGUGAGUGAGAGAGUGAGAGAGAGAGAGUGAGUGAGUGAGAGAGUGAGAGAGUGAGUGAGAGAGUGAGAGAGAGAGAGUGAGUGAGUGAGUGAGUGAGAGAGAGUGAGUGAGUGAGAGAGUGAGAGAGUGAGUGAGAGAGUGAGAGAGAGAGAGAGAGUGAGAGAGUGAGAGAGAGAGUGAGUGAGUGAGAGAGAGAGAGUGAGUGAGUGAGAGAGAGAGUGAGAGAGUGAGUGAGAGAGUGAGAGAGAGAGAGUGAGUGAGUGAGAGAGUGAGAGAGAGAGAGAGUGAGAGAGUGAGAGAGAGAGUGAGUGAGUGAGAGAGAGAGAGUGAGUGAGUGAGAGAGUGAGAGAGAGAGAGUGAGUGAGUGAGAGAGUGAGAGAGUGAGUGAGAGAGUGAGAGAGAGAGAGAGUGAGAGAGUGAGUGAGUGAGUAACUGAGUGAGUGAGCGAGUGAGUGAGCGAGUGCACGGCUCUGUGUGUUUAGUAUUUAUGAGAGAGCACACAUGGAGUUUGGCUGGAGAGCUGACAGCUGUUGGCGGUUUGCACAGAUUCUCAGAGAGGUGAAGGAGUGACCUUCUUAACUUCAUCAACAUCAACUUUAAAUUCAUACGACAAAAACCGGAUCAGACCCCUUAUUGAAUCAAGUCCUCAUUGAUCCCCCUGUGGAGUCUUUUCUGGGACUCAGUGGGUCAGAACUUCAUCUGUGAAACGGACCUCAUACUGUCCUGCAAGCAGAGAAAGUAUAGAGCUAUAAAUAUAGAUAUAGAUAUAGAUAUAGAUCUGUGUCUCUCCUCCAAUCAAACGUCUGUGUUUAUGUAGAUUUUCACCUUUUUUCUGGGCGUGUCAUUUAAACUCGCCAUAAAAACAUCAUUUCCUGUGACUCAGUCGUCUUUUUUCCCAGCCUGACCUUGAACGCCUCACAGUGUGAUGAUCAUAUGUGGUCAGUCAGCCUCGUCCUGCUGAUGUUAAUCUUAGAUUAGGAUUGUGGCUCUGAAUUCAGAGCUGUUUUGUUUAGGAGGAAGAUGGCGGCUCUGAAAACUCAGACAAACAGAGUUUUUGUUUCUGACCCGUUUUUCUGGAGGGCUACAAAGUCCUCCAUGGGGGACGAGAAAGACCUUAAAACAACUUUAUUAUUUAAACGUGAUUCCCAGAAGAAGAAUACUUCAAACUUGUUUCAUCCUAAUUCCAGUUUACGUCAGAUUUCACAAACUUCAUUUAUAUUUUAUUUUGCCCUGCAGCAAACAAACAGCCGGCGUCUCAUCGUGGUUCGAACUCUGUCCGACACACUGCAGCUUCUGUCUUCUUCAGACUCGGUGGUUUGAAGAAGCUGCUCCAGGGUUUCUUCUUCUUCUUCUACAGAGCAAAAAUGAUAAUCAGCUGUUCUUGGAGAGACGCUACAGAGCUCCCGUUUUAAUCAGACGGAUUCUGGUCGGAUAAUUCCUCCUGGUACAGAAGUUUGACCUCAAACCAAAACUGGAGAGGGAAGAUCUGAAACUGAUACCAAAGACCUAAAAAACCUUUGUUUGUACGGAGUUUAGUUCCUGAGCGUCACCAUCAAAUGUGAGUGAAUUUAAUGAUGAAGGUCAAAGACGGAGACGAAGUGAAAAAUGUCAAAAAAUAAAAUCAAGAAGAAGAAACUUUAAAAAAUACUGAGACGAUAUUUUCAACGUCUGAAGAGAGAAACUCAAUCAGUUUGACUUUUGUUCGUUAGGUCGACCUUAACAGGUUAGUCACAUGACCGGGUCUGAGAUGGUCAAGGCGAAGGAGGGCAGGACCUUCCCCUACCAUCCAUCAAAUAAAACAUUCACGCUCCAGGCAGCGAGUGUGACCGCCCAUGUCCGUCACGUUUACUGAAGUCGUGACGACUGACGUAUUUAUUGGAGUGACGGACAGGCUUUCCGCUAAAUACGAAGGCGUGUUUAAAUAUGAAGGCGUGUUUAAAUAUGAAGGCGUGUCUAAAUAUGGAGGCGUGUUUUAGCCGGGGUUUCGCCUGGAAGACUCUGGACAUCUGACACACUUGUAAACGGCGUUAAGAACGCCACUCACAGACGCCAGAAUGAGCGCGUUCAACACUAACGCGUUCAUACACAAAUAAAGGACAAUACGUGCACAUUCACCCGAAACAUGAACGAGUUCGUGAACGAUCGUUCAUUGAAUGACCUCAGAGAGGCGGAGUCUGUGCGAAGGAAAGUCUGAAGAGGUUCAGGACUCUGAGAGACCGCGUGAGCGAACGGUUCACCGGUUUGAGUGGAUUUCAUCAUCUACAGAAGAUCAAAACAGAACUAUUCAGUCCAGAACCGGGACGGGAUGGUCCAGGUCUUCAGGGUUUUAAAAACAGGACUCUGGAGAGGGAAUCACCGCGUGGAAAAGAAGACUGGACUCACUUGGGACGUUUCGACUAAGGCGAGUGAGUCCAGUUGUCCUUUCAACAAAGAACUGUAAAUCAUAGAUGCUGCAUCCUCAGUCUAAAACUAGAUCUCCAGGUUUAGGAGGAACAUCUGCGUCCAUCCAGACCAGGACUUUUCCAGGAAAGACCUUCAUAUGAUCCCAAACCACGUCCUGACAGCAGAGGAAGUCAUGGUUCUGGUUGGGUCGGUCUUGGUCGCUAACGUUGGGCUGUGGUUGUGAAGCGUUUUCAGCGGAUCCUGGAUCAGAACUCUGUGGGUGUCUGCUGAUGUCCAGAUGUCUCCAGAGUCCGUCUGUGUUGGCAGAACAUCACUCGUUGAGUAGGCUGCUGUUCUGGCGAGAAAGAAUUUGUUCCCGUGGAUUUAACAGCUUCUGGACCGCUCAGACGGGGUCAGACCGGGAUCCUGCUGUCCCGCUCUGAUUGAUAAGACACCGGGUCAGAGAAACCCGUCGGGUCGGCCCCUCACCUGAACCUCCACCCUUCAUAUGACCAUCAUUACUUCCUGUCUAAUGUGGCCUGAUGUGCUGUGAUCUCUCUCUGCUCGCCUGCAUCCGUACCGCCGUCUCCAAGGUGACAGUAAAGGGGCGUUCAAACUGCCAUCGUUCCACGCUGCCGUGCGAUUGGUGGGUUCCUGUGAUGUGGAUCAGGUUUGAAUAGAUGCACAGAAACCAGAGCACAUCUGGGCCACAGCACAGUGUGUGUGUGUGUGUGUGCGUGCGUGCGUGCGCGUGCGUGCGUGCGUGCGUGUGUGAGAAACAGCCCUCUGAGGAUAUUAUGACAGGUCUGAGGAGACCGUCCUCCUCCCUCCCUCCGUCUCGCUCACAGACACACAGACCUGAACCAGCACACAGAGAUCCUGGGCUCAGCUGGUCCGGCCCGCUGUCUGGCAGGUUUUGUUUUCGGGUCUGCGGCGCUGAGCGGAUUGCUUUUGAAUUGAACGUGGCUUCUGUCCAAUCCCCUUGUUCCUCUACGCCUCGGCUCGCCACCUGCCUGCUGAUGCUCUUCA